UAAUAGUCUGGUGCUCCUCAAUUCACGGUUAGUUGACCGAGUGGAGCGCGCCCGGCAGGAUGUCAUCCGACUCUCUGUCCACUUCUGCUGACGCCCAGGAAAACAACCAGCUGGCUCCGUGCACGCUCGCCAGGACAACUUUCGCACCGCUAUCGACUGUUCCCAGUGUUAAUUCACUGGUUCAAGCUCUCGACGAAGACGGUGUGUGGAGUAACGGAACCGUAAAGACGAUACAUAGUGAUGGAACAAUUACGGUUAAAUUUGACGGUUGGCGAAAUCAGUUCAACAACCGAGUCAACUCCACUUAUGUGCGGCAGCGCAUCGAGUCACCAGAAGUCACAAAGCGAAGACGAUCUGCGAAGUAUAAAGUUGAUGUUACAAAGAUAAUCGCAGAAGAUACCGUAUGGUUCAGCGAAGAAGGCGGCGGCGAGGUAAAAAGUGGCACUGUUGUGUGGGUAGACCCAUUCACAGAAAGCUUGGCAUUGCAGACAGUAGCCCAACCUUCAGAGGAAGAAGACAGUCUUUGCACCCCAACUACUGUGCUGUUCAACCAACUGGAACCAAAACCUGCACAGAACACUGUAAAAACCAAACGGAGGCCACCCACAACUGCUCCGGUUAGAGCGAAGAAACGACGAGUGACAGACGCCACAGCACAGACAGAAAAUGAACCGAUCUCCCCUGAAGCCAGCGGUGAAGCUGAAACACUGUCUUCCUGUGAGUCUCAGCAAACCACGACUCUCCAGCAGUCUACCCUGCGUGAGUUAGACCAACACCUACGCGAGGAUGGAGUCCUCCUCUGUUGUGGUGAGGUGUACUCUCUUGGACAAGUGCCAUUUCUGUUGAUUAAACUGGCAUACAAUGCUGACGAGACGGUCACCGCCACAUUGUGGAAGUGCAAAGCUGACGCGGAGGUACUGACAGGCGUUGAAGAAGACUGCACUUUAAUCUGUAAUGCCCGCCAUUUGGAUAGGCACAGCGGGAAGAGCUUCAGCAGACAGUUCGCACUUGUGCGCAAGAAAACAAGCCAAGAGGCACUUAAUAGAGCCGUGGACUGUAGCAUAAAGAAUGCUGGCGACAGUGCCUACCAGUCAUUGCUGAGAAAGAAUAGCAUCGGGAUAUGCAUCCGAGGGGAGACGGAAAGCCUGAGUAAAAAUGGUCGCCGAAAGACUUUCAAGAUUGGACCAGUUCAGCUCAGUGUUGACAAGGACCUGAUCGGGAUGGACCAAACAUUCUGUAGGAAGUUUAACAUUGGAACGGAAGGGGACUUCGCUAGAAUAGACAAAAUCGCGGGAGCACAAUGGGACGUCAGGAAGCCGAACACGACAGACAAUUCAGCUCACUACUUAGUGGUAACUUCUGCCUGCAUCCGCCUGGACAAAACAAAAUGUCUUGUUUGCUCGCUAGACUACAUCAAUAGCGGAAGACCAUUCACUAACAACUAUCGACAAGAAAUAGCAACAAUGACCUUACCUUCAGAUAGGUCAGAGCUGUAAUUGGAAUCCACUGUACUAUUAGUAUUAAAAUAUAUUUUGUUUGCAAGCAGUAGUUAUAGUAAAAUUAAAAAACUGGGAAACCUGUGAGUUAAGAAAAAUACAUAUCGAAACUACAUCUUUGUUUUAAUUCAUUUUGCCGCUCUUUACAUGAAUUGAUAUCGCAUAGUGAUCACGUAAAGAUAACAAAUUGACAUUAUUAUGGCUUCCAUACAAACAACCAUUUUCAGCCUAGAUUUUUAUGCAAAUCUUGUAUGUUUAAGAAGAAUGACUUGAGUCCCUAUUGAGAGCCAUUCUUGCCUCUGCACACGUAAUUAAUGCCUUGAGUCAAUGAGAUACCUAUUUCAAAAGGUUGAAGUACUAGUAUAUGUAUGUACAUUGUACAGAACAGUAGUCAUUAGGCAAUUGUCUCCUGGUGUAUCAGUUAACAUGCAUAACUUAUCGUACAGCAAAUUCAGAUAGCACUUAACGAUCAUACAGGGCAGAUAUUGGGAUAGUCAGAGAAUUUCUCUUAUAGUGUGGAAUGUGAUUCCGGUGGAUCACGUUUGACUUACUUUAAAGUUUAGAGCCUGAGGAACACUACUAGUGGGAAAUGCUUAGUUAAAUUUAUUAGUAAAACGUUACAUUUCUAGUUUAGUUGUACUUCUUUUUUCACGUUGAACACUAUAGUUAGAUUACACUUGUUUCCCCAUAUUGUUCGGGAGAUGACAUUAUAUAAACGUAAAAUUAGUCAUGUUCGUCCCUUUCCGUUGUAAUGUUCGUAGGUAAUAUAUUAGGCGAUAUAAUAAAGUUUUAAUACAACUAUAGGCUUCACUCAUACAUUAAUAACAGCACCAUAUCUACAUCCAGUGUUUUACUAAUAGAAUAAUAUUGGAUAAUUAUAGAAUUUCUUUUUUAGUUUAACGCUUUCAUUUACAGUUUAGUCAUGUGAGAAUAGAUAGAUGAGACUUGUUUUUCCCAUAUCGUGUAGGCGAUGACAUAUUGUAAGCGCAUAUUAAGUCUGCUUGUUCCUUUUCAAUAAAAGAUGUACGUUUGUAAUAACGUUGUGUGUGGAGUUUUGUAUCGUAAGAUUCGUGGGGUGGGGGGUCGUUAUUUUAUUCCGACUAGUGAAGUUUCGGCAAUAUCAUGAGUCGUUAAAAGUGUCCGACCGUCGGCAGGGUAUUGACGCCAUGACAGUCUUGUGUACCGAGUAAGGAAAGCUCACACUACGUGUUUCGUAAGUUCUUGUUUUUUAAUCAAAUUUGUUUUGGGGGAAAUGCUGGUAAGUAAAUGACUCGGUCUUUUUCUUUUUGCUUCUCUUCCGUCAUGUACGAGGCAAGGUCUCAC